CUACUCCACCCUAUAUUUAUAUAUAUAAACUCUCAUUUCUUCUAAUCUUCUCCGAUCGACCGACAACCGCUACUCGCCUCCGCCACCACCAGCAUCUCGCCGGAAACAAUCAUAUCGAUACAUAUAGUUCACUUAUCACUGGUCCGAUGGACGAAAAGUAUCUGCAAUUGUUUGUAGAUGAAACGUCGUUGACCAACCAGCUUGUGCUCGGAGCACUGCUGCCGGAGAAGAUUUGGACGCCGCUGCCACACUUUUUUCAGACAUGGCUCCGGAAUUACACCGCCGGAACCCUAGUUUACUUCAUCACAAGUUUUCUUUGGAGCUUCUAUGUUUAUUUCUACAAAUACAACGUUUACGUUCCUAAAGAUGCAAUUCCUUCAAGAAAAGCAAUGGGUUUACAAAUAUAUGUGGCAAUGAAGGCGAUGCCAUGGUAUUGUCUUCUUCCUACGAUCUCGGAGUACAUGGUUGAAAAUGGAUGGACCAGAUGUUUUUCAAGGAUAAGUGACGUUGGCUGGUUUUCAUAUGUUUUGAAUUUAGGGUUUUAUCUCAUACUCGUUGAAUUCGGUAUUUAUUGGAUGCAUAGAGAGUUACAUGACAUUAAACCUCUCUACAAAUACCUUCACGCAACUCAUCAUAUCUACAAUAAGCAAAACACACUUUCACCUUUCGCCGGUUUGGCAUUCCAUCCUAUAGAUGGUAUACUGCAAGCCGUACCACAUGUUAUCGCGCUAUUCCUAGUGCCAACACAUUUCACAACGCACAUAGGUUUGUUAUUUAUUGAAGCCAUAUGGACUGCAAACAUUCAUGAUUGUGUAGAUGGGAAAAUAUGGCCCGUUAUGGGUGCAGGCUACCACACUAUUCAUCAUACAACAUACCGACAUAACUAUGGGCAUUAUACCGUAUGGAUGGAUUGGAUGUUUGGCACACUUCGUGAUCCUUUAGAAGACGAAGAGACCAAAAAGAUGUGACUUUGAUUGGUGUCUUGUUUUGGAUUGUGUUGUGUUUAUGUAAAGAACUAUUUUUUCGAUGGUUUUAUAUCAGUUAAUUUGAGUUAUAUUUUAUUUA